AUGUAUGUGAAAUGCUUUGAUACAGUAAUUUUAUUUAUUUAUUUCAGUAAAUGUCACUGUUUGACAUUUUUAAAUUUCCCACCAGUUCUGUCCCCAUACGUCCUGACGUCGCAGGGAACGGAACCCGGAAGACAGAUGCCAGCAUCCGCCAGAGGACAUGGCCGGGGACGCUGCAAGGGGGACAUCGCGGGAGCGAAGGGCAAGGUAAGUGAAGAAGAGAUCCCGGAGCAACGCUGCAGGGUAUUCCCGAGUGUAGCUCAGGGUUACCGCUUGUGGUGCUGAAACUUUACCCCGAGCUACACUC